AUGGAUCGAAAUAUGAUACAUGCUGCUAGUGGAGGUGCUUUAGUUGACAAGACACCGGAAGAUGCAAAAAGAUUAAUUGCUAACAUGGCAGCAAAUUCCCAGCAGUUUGGAAUGAGAAUGGAUCACACGUCUAAGAAGGUUAAUGAGGUAAGUACGUCUAAUCUUGAGAAACAAAUUUCAGAUUUAACUUCUUUGGUUAGACAAAUUGCUGUAGGAAAUAUGCAAGCUGUUAAAACAUGUGGAAUUUGCUUGGUUCCUGGUCUGGUUCCUGGUCAUGCUACUGAUAUGUGUCCUACACUUCAAGAGGAUGAACUAGUGCAGCAAGCCAAUGCAGUAGGAAAUUUUGGGCAGCAACAAUGCAGGUAUGAUCCCUAUUCUAAUUCUUACAAUCCAGGAUGGCGAGACCAUCCGAAUUUGAGUUAUGGGAAUCAGCCAAUGCAAAAUCGCUACCAGCAGCAAAGACCACAAGUGAAUCAACCAUCUUCUUCCCGUCAAAAUCAAGCUCAAAAUUCUGGUAAGCUUCCAUCGCAAUCUGUGAUUAAUCCUAAAGAAAAUGCUAGUGCUAUACUUUUGCGAAGUGGGAGAGAAGUUAAUAAUCAGGAUGUAAAAGAGUCAACAAAGAAGCACAAGCAAGGUUCAAAGGAUUCUGAUAUUCCUGAAGUUGAGGUAAAUUCUAAACUUAAUGAUGCUAAUAAUUUUGUUGUUCCUCCUCCUUUUCCCAGUAGGUUGGCCAAGACAAGGAAGGAAGAACAAGAGAAAGAGAUUUUGGAGAUGUUCAGGAAGGUAGAGGUUAAUAUACCGUUAGUUGAUGCAAUCAAGCAAAUUCCCAGGUAUGCUAAAUUCCUUAAGGAAUUAUGUACUACAAAGCGAAAGUUUAGAAAUAAUGAAAAAGUUACUGUUGGGGAAAAUGUGUUGGCAUUCAUUCAAAGAAAAUUACCUCCAAAGUGUAAGUGA